ACAGAAUCAUGGUAAAAAUAGUUUAGAAAACCAAUAAAAUUAUACAUUUAGAGAAAAUAGCCAAUUGAAGAAAGUCCGCUCGCUCAAAGAUAGGUCAAAGAGGAAGGUUCGCCUACUCGAACUCGAAAGCCGCUGGAACGCUGUCUGCUCAAACACUUUCCGCCGUUUGCUCAAACGAUGUCCGCCGUCCACUCGAGCGUCAUCCGCUUCUGCUCGAACGCCAUCCACUGGCCGCUCAAACGCCGUCCACUGGCCGCUCGAACACCGUCCACUGGCCGCUCGAAUGCCGUCCACUGGCUGCUCGAAGUCCGUCCAAAGCCCUAACUCGCUUAGGCGCGGACUGCUCUAACUUCCCUUCUGUCUCUCAAUCUCUCUGUCUUCUUUCCUUCGCAGAUAACUCUAGGUCUGAAAUCGGCUAAGUGCAGGCGUGAUAAAAUUUUAAUUCAUCCAGAUCGGGUAACAACGAUCUAGAAUAAGAACGAUUUUUUUUUUAAUUUCUUCCGCAUCGGUUUUAAACGAUCUAAAAUAAAGUUUCAUUAAUUCUGAAAAUUACCCCGUUUUUCUUUUCACAUCGGUUGCAAUUAUAACCGAUUUAGAUUAUUUCUUAAAAUUUAAAAAAGUACCCCGUUUUGGUGUUUCACAUGGGUUAUAACUACGACCUAUGUAAAAAUGUUUAUAAAAAUUAUAAAAAUGACCCCAUGUUAGUAUUCUACAUGUGUUUUAAAAUAACACAUGUAGAAAAUGAGAUGUAAAAAGCAUUUUUUGUACUAGUGAAACCUGCGGGGUUGCUGCAGCCUUUGCCAAUACCUACCCAUACUUGGAGUGAUAUAAGUAUGGAUUUUAUUGGUGGGCUACCUAAAUCAAUGGGGAAGGAUACUAUCUUGGUUGUGGUAGAUAAAUUAACCAAGUUUGCACACUUUUUGCCUUUAGCACAUCCUUAUCAUGCUAAGGAGGUGGCAAAACUGUUCAUGAAGGAGAUAGUGAAGAUUCAUGGAUUCCCUAAAUCGAUAGUGAGUGACAGGGACAACCUCUUUCUGAGUACCUUCUGGUCAGAAUUGUUUAAAUCAGCUGGGACUAAGUUGAAGUAUAGUUCAGCUUAUCACCCCCGGAGUGAUGGUCAAACUGAAAUAGUGAAUAAAUGCCUGGAGACUUAUUUGAGAUGCAUGACUCGUAGGAAACCAAAACAGUGGGUUAAAUGGUUGCCUUGGGCUGAGCUAUGGUACAAUACCAACCAUCACAUUUUGUUACAAAACACUCCCUAUAAAGCAUUGUUUGGUCAAGAUCCACCUAUAAUCAUUAGAGGGGAUGUCAGUUUAUCAGCAGUGGAGGAGGUAUCUAGGCUGACAGCAGAAAGAAAUCUGAUGCUUAAAGAAUUAAAGGAACAUUUGGCCAAAGCUCAAAAUCUAAUGAAGCAAGAAGCAGAUAAACAUAGAAGAGAAGUAAAGUUAGAAGCGGGAGAUAGUGUGUUUCUGAAGAUUCAGCCCUAUAAAAUGAGGAGUUUAGCCCUCAGGAGCAAUCAUAAAUUAAGACCCAGAUUUUAUGGACCCUUUGAGAUCCUAGAGAAGAUUAAUUCAGUGGCUUUGAAGCUUAGAUUACCUGUGGGCAGCAGAGUUCAUCCUGUAUUUCAUAUUUCCUUAUUCAAGAAGGUUCUGAAACUCACUAGUACAUAUCAAGAUCUUCCAAUGGGUAUGACAGAGGAGUGUGAGUUACUGGUCAAGCCUGAGAAGAUAAAGGAUGUCAGAAUAAAUGAUAAGGGAGAGAAGGAGAUGCUGGUGCACUGGGAAGAUCUUCCAGACUUUGAAGAUUCUUGGGAAAGGGAAGAUAUCAUCAGGCAACAAUUUCCAGCUUUCCAACUUGGGGACAAGUUGGGUUUUCAGGAGGGGAGUAAUGUUAGAGACUCAACUAAUCCGAAGGGAGAUGCUAAGUACUUUGGCAAAGUUUAUUCUAGAAGGAAGUCUAGUUAGUUAUUAGUUAUAGUUGUUGAUAUAUAGCUAAUAACUGUUUACCGAUUAGUAGAGUAGUUACUUACUAUAAUUGUUGACUGUUUUCAAAAAAGUUACGCAGAUUACUUUCUUGUAGAAUUUCUGUAAAUUGCAGGAGAAUUGCUAAGAUCUAACAUAAUCUAGCUAGACAAAUCACAAAUGCC